AUGGACUCCAUACCACUAGACGUCAUUGCCUCGUCCGUCCCGUUCCGCUUCCUUGUAGGCCCCAAUGAGCGAGAAUUCACCAUGCAUUCUGCUCUCUUCACGCACCAGUCCCCCGUGCUUGAGAGGCUGGCAAACGGCAACUUCACCGAGGCCGCCGAGAAAUGUGUUAAAUGGAAGUCUGUGGAUGAAGAUACCUUCAUUAGAUUUUGGGAGUACGCAUACACGGGGAAAUACACUGCUGCUGAACCAGUAAUAAUAUUUCCACUCCAAUGGGACGGCCCAGAUCCACUUGAACUCCAACGGAACCCCGAGGCCACUCCCGAGUUGCCGUCGGGGCCACCGCCGCCACCGCUUGCCCCUUUAUUCGAUACUCUGCGCUCUCCUUCCGAGGACGGGACACCGGAAGAUCAGAAACGUCAGGAUCUGUGGAACGCAUUUACGAAGCCGCUGACCUUUGACUCCUUUGCCAUGUUCCAUGCUUUCUUUAUUAAGCGUACUAAGCCUCUCCCAACCAACCUCAGGAGUCAAGAUUUUACAGAUACUUUUCUCUCGCAUGUACGACUUUAUAUAUUUGCAGAAUGUUAUGACAUUGCCUCAUUGAUGCAACAUUCUCUUACUGAGUUGCAAGCGGAGUUGGAAAGAUUCACACUACAUAAACAGAGGACUGGUGAUGUGAUUACGUUGGUACGCUACUGCUAUGAAAAUCCGGUUCCAGAAGCGCUGACAGAUCUCGUCACUCUGUACGCCGCUUGUAAGAUUAACACCUUAUGGCAAAUUGAGCAAUUCCGUGCGCUUGUGGAGGCCCAUAGUGAGCUGUCGAUGGCUUUGUUUGGGUUGGAGGUGAUUGAAUCAUAG